ACAGCACUUCCGCCCGAGUUCCGCUGUUCAGCAAACUGGGGCCGCGCGGGCUUCAGGCAUGGGGUCAGCAGGCCUGGCUCGGCUGCAGGGGCUCUUCGCCGUCUACAAGCCCCCGGGGCUAAAAUGGAAGCAUCUACGGGAUACUGUGGAGCUGCAGCUUCUGAAAGGUCUAAAUGCUGGGAAGCCUCCUGCCCCUAAACAGCGUGUUCGCUUCCUGUUGGGCCCCGUGGAAGGCAGCGAAGAGGAGCUGACCCUCACAGCCACCCGUGUGCCCACACUCAUCGACCAUCCUCUGGUUCGUGGACUUGCAUUCACCAGCCUGAAGGUUGGCGUGGGACACCGACUGGAUUCCCAGGCAUCUGGGGUGCUUGUGCUCGGCGUGGGACACGGACGCGGGCUCCUCACUGACAUGUACAACGCUCACCUCACCAAGGAUUACACCGUGCGCGGUGUCCUGGGCAAAGCUACAGACGACUUCUGUGAGGAUGGGCGGCUGGUGGAGAAGACGACAUACGACCACGUGACCAGAGAGAAGUUGGACCGCAUCCUGGCUGUGAUCCAGGGUUCCCAUCAGAAGGCUCUGGUGACGUACUCCAACCUCGACUUACAGACCCAGGAGGCCUAUGAGAUGGCCGUGAGCGGCGUGAUCCGGCCCAUGAACAAGUCCCCGAUGCUGAUCACCGGCAUCCGAUGCCUCCAGUUUGCACCUCCAGAAUUCCUCUUAGAGGUGCAGUGCAUGCAUGAGACGCAGAAGCAGCUGCGAAGGCUGGUGCAUGAAAUCGGCCUGGAGCUGAAGAGCACCGCUGUCUGUACCCAGGUGCGGCGGACACGAGACGGCUUCUUCACCCUGGAUGAUGCCCUCCUGAGGACCCAGUGGGACCUAGCGAGCAUCCAGGAUGCCAUCCAAGCUGCAGCACCCCGGGUGGUGGCAGAGCUGGAGAAGAGCUUAAGGCCUUGGCUGGGCAUCCAGGAGCCCCCUGGUCCAGGCCAGCCCUGGGACUCCGAGAGGCCACGCUUCGCCUUGGGGCCAGAGAGCCAUGUGGGGCACUGACAGGCCAGCAGCUAGUGGAACAGUGGAUGUCUAAAAAUAAGAGCUGGUGGAACAGUGGGUGUCUAAAAAUAAGAAUUGUUCAUGGCUGGAACUGCUGACUGCAGAACUUGAGAGCAGGAGGGGCUUUUUUGCACUUGACAGAAAACCCUGAAGCUGUAAAAGAAACCAUUAACAGGGAGCUCCCUUGUCAGGGAACGAAGAUCCUGCAAGCCGUGUGGUGUUGGCAAAGAAAAAAAAAAGAUCAACAGACUUGGCCCAGUUAAAAACUUCUGUACAGAGGAAAAGACGCUAAAUGAAUGACAGACUGAUAAAAAAUAGUUGUUAUAAGUUUAAGCAAUAAUAUUUGUAAUAUAUAAAGAGUUCUUAUAAAACAGUAAAAAAAAAAAAAAAACAGUAAGAAAAACAUGACAAGAAAGUUGAUCAAGUGACGUGAGUUGUGUGUUUGUAUAGUAAAAGCAAUCCAGAAGGCUAGUAAACCUGAAAUGAUGUUCAGCCUCUCUAAUGAUGAAAGACAUUCAGAUGAAAAUGAGAUGAGUUUUCCUUGCCUUUCAAAUAAAUUAAGAAAAAAGAUAACAUCCAUUAUCAGGGAGGAUGUGAGAAGAUGGGCAGUUUAUACACUUGGUGCUAAGCUGCUUCAGUCGUGUCUGACUCUUUGUGACCCCAUGGACUGUAGCCCGCCAGGCUCCUCUGUCCAUGGGAUUCUCCAGUCAGGAAAACGAGUGGGUUGCCAUUUCCUUCUCCAGGGGAUCUUCCCAAGCCAGGGAUCGAACUAGCGUCUCCUGUGCUGGCAGGCAGAUUCUUUACCACCAGAGCCAUCUGGGAAUACGCUUGCUAGGAAUACACAGCUGUGUAACCUUUUAGGAGUAAUUCGGUGGUAUGUAUCAGCAUUUAAAAUACUCCUGCCCCGGGACUUCCCUGGUGAUGUGGUGGUUAAGAAUCCGCCUGCCAGUGCGUGCGACGUGGAUUUGAUCCCUGCUCUGUGAACUAAGAUACCACAUGCCCUUGGGUAACUAAGCCCCACAAUGACUGGUUCCUAGAGCUUGUGCUCCAUAACAAGAGAGGGAUCAAACUUGGGCCCCCCUCUGUUGGGAGUGCAGAGUCUUAACCACUGGACUGCCAGGGAAUUCUGGAAGGAAAUCAUUCUGAAAAGAAUGAAAACAAGGUCGUAUUCUGUGGUCCCAGGGAUUAGGACUUUGACACGUGAAUUUUUCGGGGACGUGACUUGACUCAUAACAGGUGGUUAGACACUCACCUGGGCUGGCCCAGUGCUUCUCAGAGCCCUGCUGUCCUAUAACCAGAAAACUCCCCCUAAGGUCAGUGGAGGCCCCUUCUUCCCCUCCACUACCCCUGUUACCACCGCAGCAGGGGCUGACUGCGGCACGUGUUAUGCUGUGGUUAAUAAACAUUACCCCAGAACUUCUCCAUGGGAGCGCUGGGGACCAGGGCUGCUCAAAACGUUCCUUACUGCCAGCCCAGGGAAGCAGUGGGGGCGCAGGGCCCCAGAGGCUCUAAGAGUGGCUCCCUGGGCAUGGACUAUAGCUGACCCCUCCAGGGCCUCUCCAAGCAGCUCCUUUUUCAUGGUCCAAAUAAGAAUUUAAGUCUUGAUUGCACUAUACAUAAGAAGUGUAUCUGAGGACUUCCCUGGUGGUCCAGUGGCUAAGAUUCCACACUCCCAAUGCAGGGAGUCUGGGUUCGAUCUCUAGUCAGGGAACCAGAUCCCACAUUCCACAACUAAAAGUUGGCAUGCUGCAGCUAAAAGUUUCCCUAUGCUGUAACUAAGACCUGGUUCAGCCAAGUAAAAAAUAAUUAUUACUUAAAGCAAUGGAGACAGUGACAGACUUUAUAUUCUUGGGCUCCAAAAUCACUGCACAUAGUGACUACAGCCAUGAAAUUAAAAGAUGCUUGCUCCUUGAAAGAAAAGCUAUGACCAACCCAGACAGCAUAUUAAAAAGCAGAGACUGGAGAAGGAAAUGGCAACCUACUCCAGUAUUCUUGCCUGGAAAAGUCCAUGGACAGAGGAGUCUGGCGGGCUGAAGUCCAUGGGAUUACAUGACUGAGCAUGUGUGCACGAGGGUGGAGGGAGAUGGGUUGGUAGCAAUAAAGUGGUAGAACUAAAAAAAAAAAAAAGAGACAUUACUUUGCCAACAAAGUCCGUCUAGUCAAAGCUGUGGUUUUUCCAGUAGUCAUGUAUGGAUGUGAGAGUUGGACUAUAAAGAAAGCUGAGCGCCGAAGAAUUUAUGCUUUUGAACUGUGGUGUUGAAGAAGACUCUUGAGAGUCCCUUGAACUGCAAGGAUAUCAAACCAGUCAGUCCUAAAGGAAACCAGUCCUGAAUAUUCAUUGGAAGGACUGAUGCUGAAGCUGAAACUCCAAUACUUUGGUCACCUGAUGCAAAGAACUGAGUCAUUGGAAAAGACCCUGAUGCUGGGAAAGAUUGAAGUCGGGAGGAGAAGGGGACAACAGAGGAUGAGAUGGUUGGAUGGCAUGACUGACUCGAUGGACGUGAGUUUGAGCAAGCUCUGGGAGUUGGUGAUGGACAGUGAAGCCUCGCGUGCUACAGUUCAUGGGGUUGCAAAGAGUCGGACACGACUGAGUGACUGAACUGAAGUGAUUAUUUUCUGGUUGUGCUGAGUCUUCAUUGAUAUGCACAGGCUUUCUUCAGUUGCGCUGAGCUGGGGCUCCUCUUCAUUGCGGUGCACCAGCUUCUCAUUGCAGUGGCUUCUCUAGUUGUGGAAUACAGGCUCUAAGUGCAUAGGCUUUAGUAGUUGUGGCUCUCAGGACUUAGAGCUUGGGGGCUUCAUUAGUUGCGGUACAGAGGCUUAGUGCUCCGUGGCAUGUGGAAUCCUUCUGGACCAGGGAUCGAACCUGUGUACUCUGCAGUGGCAGGCAGAUUCUUCACUACUGGACCACCAGGGAAGUCCAGAGUAUAGUAAUCCCUGUUUUACAGAUGAGGAAACUGAGGCAUGAAGGGGGCAAAUGACAGGCCAAAGGACACCUGACAAGGGAGUCCCGAGCCCGAGACCACAUCUUUGCUGUUCGGAGUCAGCAUUACUGACCGCUGCACUGUCCUGCCUCUUCUUGAGCUAUUGCUGCUUUUGUGGGGUCGUUUUCUAACCAAGUCCCAGGCCAGGCACAUAAUAGGUGCUUAGGAAAUAUUCGUUUAAGGAACUGAGUACCUGGGCUUCCCUGGUGGCUCAGUGGUAAAGAACCUGCCUGCCAGUGCAGGAGUCAUGGGUUCGAUCCCUGGCCUGGGAGGAUCCCAUAUGCUUCAGAGCAACUAAGCCCAUGCGCCACAAUUACUGACCCCACACGCUGCAGCUACUGAAGCCUGGGUGCCCUAGGGCCUGUCCUCCACAGUAAGAGAAGCCACCUCAAUAAGAAGCCUGACCAGAGACUAGCACCUACUAGCCGUAACUAGAGAAAAGCCUGUGUGACCAUGAAGACCCAGCACAGCCAAAGGGACAAAAAGGAACUGAGUAUCUAUUGUGAUACUGUCAUGUAAAAGGAAGUAUGUUUUUGGGUCUUCCUCCGCAGCUCCCAGCCAGAGCUCCUAAAACCCUUGUGAUUUCCUAAGUGACAAAGGUGAAAAGAACAUCUUGAAUAUUUUUUGUUGUGUGUUUUAUGCCCAGUUCCUGAAAGAGCUCCAGAAGGUGAAAGUGACAAGCAUCUUUUCUUACUCAUAACAGGCCCCUUUCGGAACUUCCCUAGUGGAUCAGCUGGUAAAGAAUCCACCUGCAAUGCAGGAGACCUGAGUUCGGUCCCUGGGUUGGGAAGAUCUCCUGGAAAAGGGAAAGGCUACCCACUCCAGAAUUCUGGCCUGGAGAAUUCCAUGGACUGUAUAGUCCAUGGGGUUGCAAAGAGUCAGACAGGACUGAGUGACUUUCACUUUCCAGUGGUUAAGACUCUGCGCUUCCAGUGCAAGGGACUCUGGUUCGAUCCCUGGUCCAAGAACUAAGAAUCCCACUUGCCUUGGGACAACUAAGUCUAUGCGCCACAACUAGAGAGAAGCCUGCAGGCCACAACAAAGAGCCAGAGAACUAAGGCCUGACACAGCCAAAUAAAUAAAAAGAAGCCCCUUUCAGUCACACCUGCCUACUUAACAGAAGCUCCAUAAAAAACCUAAAGGAUGGGGUUCUGAGAGCUGAGUUAGCCAACACAUCUGGGUGCUGGGGAAGGGGUGCAGCCGGCGAGGCCUUGGAAACCCAGCACCCUCCCACGUGGCUUGCUUGCCCUGUGGACCGCCACCAUUUGGUCCUUCCUGAGUUGUAUCUUCUGUAAUAAACUAGCGAACAUAAGUGUUUUUCUGAGAUGUGUGAGCUAUUUGAGCAAACUUUCAAACUUAAGGAGGGGGUCAUGAGAACUCCCGGCUUCUAGCCAGUCAGUCAGCAGUGCAUGUAGGGGACAACCUAGGACGUGUGGUCAGUGUCCGAAGUGGGGGCAGUCUCAUGGGACUGCGCCCUUGACCUGCAUGGUGUGGGUGAAUUCCAGGCAGGCAGUGUCAGAACUGAGUUAAAUUGUAAAUCACCCAGUCCUGUCCAUCAGGAAUUACGAAUUGCUUGGUAUGGAAAAGCCUCCACAUUUGGUGUCAGAAGUACUGUGUACAGAAAGGAAACAAGAGUUUUCACUUGUAUAUGUGCUCAGUAUAUACAUAUUACCUGAAUAAAUAACCGAAGUGGUUA